AUGGGAGUGUACGUCGAUGACCUCAUAAUCACUAGAGGUGACGUGGAAGUCCUUGGAAGGUUCAAGAAGGAGAUGUCAAAGAACAUUGAGAUUAGCGAUCUCGGCGUGCUCUACUACUACCUCGACAUCGAAGUGCCACAGAAUUCUACCGGCAUCUCCAUCUGCCAAAGUGCAUACGCGAAGAAGCUGUUGGACACAACUGGGCUUGUGGACAGUAAUCCUACAAGGACGCCAAUGGAGGCUCGACUCCAACUAAGGAAGGCCAACACUACGACGACAGUCGACUCCACUAAUUACCGCAGCAUUGUUGAGAGUUCCUCUCGUGCGAGUCCUCUUUUCAAUUGUAUGGUCCAGAUCAUUCUAAGAUUACCUGGCUGCUUGAUGCUUGCAAGUAUUACUGUGGGAUUGCGGUCGGUGAUCACCAAGCACUUCGCCAGUGGCAUUGG